CGCAGCUGCUAAGACUACAACACCCACAAUGCUGAGAAGGGUAGACGCUGCUGUCUCCUUGCGUCACAUGGGUAGCGCUGCAGCAAGGGAGUUGUAGUUCUCCUGCUGUACAGCGAUAUGUUGGUCACUGAUCGGGGAACAACGAUUCCCAGUAGCCUCUUGUGCAGAUAGAGCCCAGCAGCAGCGAUCAUCCCGGUAACGGCAGCUUCUGGUGCAGCGCAGGCUGUGUAGUGAUUUAUCCCGUGAGAAGCGGGGAUGGGCAGCCAGGGCACGGCGCUAUGCUCCGCUGCAGUCAUGAAGCGGGUGUGCUGCUGCGAGUAGCUGGGGGGGUGUUCCAGUCACUGUCACAGGACUACAAGUCCCAGCAACACCCAUCCUCCAGCCAAUCCGUGCACGGAUUGUGGCUCCCCGCCGGUUCUGUUCCUGAGUAACAGGGAGUAACUGCAAAUGCUGUGCAGUGUGACCCUGUAACUAGACAUGCCUGCGCCGUGUGAGCGGAUGACAGGUUAACGUGUUACUAGAUGUUGAGGUCCAAGCUGAAGAUGCAGAUAGACUCUUUGUUACAAGAGGCUCCCAUUGGGUUUGAUGAUGUGGCUGUGUAUUUCUCAGAAGAGGAGUGGGGCUGUAUCGGAGUAGGGCAGAGGCUGCUGUACAUGGAUGUCAUGUUGGAGAAUUACCGCACACUCUUAUCUCUGGGUUUUAUCCAGGAGAAGCCAGAAAUUAUAUUGAGAAUUCAAAAGGGCCAAGAGUUAUAUGGCAUUACCACAUGUACGGAUCGUCAACCUAUCAAGAUUAAAGAGGAGCAGUUGUGCUUGCCGGUGUAUUUGGAGGAGCAGAAGACCUACACCAGAUACUGGACAGUAGAAAGCACUUGUUGCAACAAACAGGGUAGCCCAUUAGAGGUAUGGAAUGGAACAGACUUGUCUUCUUCCCAUACAGAUAAUACAAUGCGGGAAGACCUGAAUAUAGAGUUUAGACCUCUGUUCAUCCAACGUUUCUAUAACAAUGACACAAGAGGUCUUACAGAGUCACAUAGUGAUGUUAUAAGUGGCCAGUAUAAAGGAAUUACAUGGAAUGCGUCUGGCACCUCCAAGUCUGAAUUUCUGGCGGAUUGUAAAUGUCACCUCCCUGAGAAGCAUUACACAUGCACUGACUGUGGGAAAUGUUUCAACCGCAGUACACAUCUUCUUCGGCACCAAAGAAUCCACAUGGGCGAGAGGCCAUAUUUCUGUGGCAAAUGUGGAAAAAGUUUCGUGGACAGCUCCCAGCUUGUUAUACACAGGAGAACCCACACAGGCGAGAAACCAUACACCUGUAGUGAUUGUGAGAAAAGCUUUAUAUGCAGAUUACAUCUUGUUCGACACCAGCGAUCACACACGGGCGAGCGUCCAUACAUCUGUAGUAAGUGUGGGAAAAGGUUUGCUCAGAGCUCCAAUCUUCUCACCCACCUGAGGACACAUACAGGAGAGAAGCCCUACUCCUGUACUCAGUGUGGGAAGUGUUUUAUCCGCAGGUCACAUGUGGUACGGCACCAACGGGUUCACACCGGACAGGGUCCGUAUGCUUGCCAGGAAUGUGGGAAAAGCUUCACAGAAAGUUCAGCUCUACUAAAACACCAGAGAACUCACACUGGGGAGAAGCCGUACGCCUGCAACCAGUGUCCGAAGACCUUCAUGGACAAGUCUGCUUUGGCUAACCACCAUAGAACACACACUGGGGAGCGUCCCUAUGUUUGCAAGGACUGUGGUAAAACCUUCUCUCACAGCUCAGCUCUAGUGAAGCAUGUCCGUAUUCAUACUGGAGAAAAGCCAUAUUCAUGCGGAAGAUGUGGGAAAAGCUUUUCUCAGACAUCUGCCCUUGUAAAUCACCAAAGGACUCAUACAGGAGAGAAACCAUUUUCUUGUUCUGAUUGUGGGAAACGUUUUACACAAACCUCAUCACUUGUUAAACACCAGCGGACUCACACAGGGGAGCGGCCGUACACAUGUGCAGAGUGCGGCAAGAGUUUCACUUACAGCUCCGUUCUGGUUAAACAUGAGAGAACUCACAACAAAAGUGCAGUGAUGUAGACAGCAAUACUCUUGCUUGUUCCAUAUGUGUUCCUAGUCAUUAGAAAAUGUCUCUUCUUGUCUGUAUUUGACUCUUGUAACAUAUUGCUAAAGGCAAAUAAAAUCUUUAUUUAAAUUA